AUGAAUUCAAAUAAUUUAUUAGAACAAUAUAAAGCAUGUAUGAUCUUAAGUGGAGUGGGCGAUUCAUUAGGAUAUCGAAGUGGAAUAUGGCAAUUUAAUAGUAAUGGAAAGGAUAUUCAUCGAGAAUUAUAUGAAAGAUUUGAUCAAAUUGAAGAUAUACGUAUUGAACUUCCUCAAUGGCGUGUAAGUGAUGAUACUGUUCUGCAUUUAGCUAUUGCUCAAGUUCUUGCUGAAUAUGGUGAUCGAGAUCCAUCACCAAUAUUAUAUUCACGAGUUGCAAAAAAAUUAAAAGAAAUUCUUAAUGAUUUAAAAAAUCGUCAUCCAAGUUCAAGUACGGUUACUGCUAUUAAUCAUUUAUCUGAGAAUAAUUGGACACAAACAUAUUCAGCUGUAACAAAUGAUUGUACAGCUGCUGUUCGAUCGAUGUCUAUUGGUCUUCGUUAUUCUCAUCCAUCGGAAUUUGAAAAAUUAAUGCACGUUUCAAUUGAAAUAUCACGUAUGACACAUACACAUGUAUGGGGAUUUAUGGGUGGUUUUACUUCAGCAUUAUUUACAUCGUAUGCUAUACAACAAAAACCACUUCAAACAUGGAGUAGAUGUUUAUUAGAAAUUUUACCAACUGUACAAAAUUAUAUAAAAACUCAACAACGACCAGAUCUUGCGCAAAAUAUGAGAAGUUGGUCGUCUUUUGAAAUAUUCUGGAAAGAAUUUUUAAUUAAACAAGAAAUUAAUAUUAAAGAUAUUGAACAACGUGAUGAAUUCUAUCGACAAUUUUCACAUGCUGGUUGGGCAGGUGCAAGUGGAACAGAUUGUAUUGCCAUAGCUUAUAAUUCCCUAUUAACAUGCCAUGGUUCAUGGACGGAAUUAUGUAAACGAGCAGCUUUACAUGGUGGUCAUGGAGAUGCAACAGGAUGUGUAGCAGGUGCCUUAUUUGGAGCUAUAUAUGGUUUUGAAAAUGUUCCAAAACAAAAUUAUAAAAAUGUUGAAUAUCAUGAUGAACUUGAAAAUGUUGCAAAAAAACUAUACAAUUUACGUCAAAUAUCGAGUCAACCAAAAACAAAAACUGAAAAUAUAAAUACUCAACGAGGAGAAUGUGUACAUUUUACAUUUAUUCCAGCAGAUGUUCUUGAUAAUAUGCCAGCAUUUCGUCAAUGGCGUCUAUCAAAAAAUCAAAAAACUAAAACAGAAACGAAUGUUUUAUCAAAAUUAGUGUUUCAAGGUUUAAGAAUAAAUUAA